AAGGAAGAGAAACAUCCCUUUGUCGCGAUCGCGUCCAUGAAGACUCCGGAACAUUGCCUUUCGAAUAUUUGUCAAUAAUUGAAUUUAUACAUAAUUUUUGCUACGUAGUGCUAAAAAUUGCCAAAAAAAUAUACUUUGUUAAUUCAUAUAUUUCGACUAUUAUUCGUAGUGGAAUUUUAUCAAUGUUUACUGAAAGUAAUAAAAGCCGAUGAACAUUCGGAGGAAAUAACAAGCUUUUUGAAAAUAACUGGAGGAAAUAAUUGGUUCUCCGAUUUGCUAUUUUUACCUAAAAAUCGAAUACAAGUUUUCAUUCUGAAAAAUGGACAACAGAGAGCAAGCAGAUGAUGAAGCUUCUAGGGAUCCUGGUGCACAUAAAUCUUUGGCAUUUGACGAGAAUGAUUUUGAAGGACAUAGAGCUCACAGUGUUUUUGUAGGAGUUCACAUCCCAAUGGAAAGGCGACAUUCACAUAGAAGACAUAAACAUCAUCACAAAAGCGAUAGUAGCAGAGAAGGAUCAGAGGAUGAUCGACCAGUUACUCCACCCUCCCAAAGAGUGCAAUUUAUACUGGGUGAAGAUAUCAACGAUGACAAACACGAGAGUCAUCCCCUGUUUUCUGAAAUGGAAGAGCUGGUUGUUGAUGGUGAAGAAAUGGAAUGGAAAGAAACAGCUAGAUGGAUUAAGUUUGAAGAAGACGUGGAGGAAGGUGGAAAUAGAUGGUCAAAACCUCACGUUGGCACAUUGUCUCUACAUUCCCUCUUUGAGCUCCGCAGUUUGAUUUUAAACGGAACAGUCAUCUUGGACAUGGAUGCCUCAUCAAUCGAACACAUAGCAGAUCUAGUACUGGAUCACAUGGUCAACAACAACUCACUGGCCUCAGAUAAAAAAAUGCAAGUGAAAGAAGCGCUAUUGAAAAGACACCGACACCAACAUCAAAGAAAAGAUCACGUGUUGCCGAUUAUCAGAUCUUUUACCGAUAUCGGAAGAAACUAUUCAUCGUCCAGAAAAAAAGGAAAAACAGGAACCAAGAAGAAAAAACCUCGAAUUGUGGAACUAGAUAAUAAAGAAUUGAAGAGAAACGGUUCUUAUAUUGCAGUACCAGUGGAAGAGCACCUUAACGAAGAAUCGGAGAGAUCGCCUGAUUUUGGGAAAUUUUUGAUAGUUCCAGGUCAUGGCACAGAAAAAACCCACACGAUGCAGAAAAGUGCGAGCAGCACUUCGAUGCACAGAAACCUCAGUCACAAUGAGUUUGGCAUGAAUGGUGACAUCCCACAACAUAAUCUUCAUUUCAUGAAAAAAAUUCCAACUGGUGCUGAAGCUAGCAAUAUUCUUGUCGGCGAAGUCAAUUUCCUGACCAAAACCAUAGCAGCUUUUGUAAGAUUGAACACGGCAGCAGUAUUAGGGGACCUUACAGAGGUUCCAGUUCCUACAAGGUUCUUGUUCGUACUUCUGGGACCUCCGAACAACACUGGUGGUUAUCAUGAAAUCGGGAGAGCUAUGGCAACCCUUAUGUCCGAUGAAAUCUUCCACGAAGUGGCGUACAGAGCCAGGAAUCGUAGUCACCUGUUGGCAGGUGUUGACGAAUUCUUGGAUGCAGUGACCGUCCUUCCGCCUGGUGAAUGGGAUCCUUCCAUCAGGAUAGAACCACCAGCUGCUAUACCGUCCCAAGAGAUAAGAAAAAGACCACCAGAAAAACCAGUUGAAGAACUUGAUGAAGACGAAGAAGAGCAGAAACUACGAGAAGAGUCGGGACUAGCACGAACAGGAUAUUUAUUUGGGGGUCUCAUCAACGAUAUCAAGCGAAAGACUCCUUUUUACCUCUCGGACUUCAAGGAUGCACUAGCAUCUCAGUGCAUAGCCUCCUGGAUCUUCCUUUACUUCGCUUGCUUAUCCCCAAUCAUCACUUUCGGAGGACUUCUUUCCCAAGCUACGGGCAAAAACAUGGCGGCCAUGGAGUCUUUGGUGUCGGGAUUCAUCUGCGGCAUGGGAUAUGGCAUGUUUUCUGGUCAACCCUUGACGAUUCUAGGGUCGACAGGGCCUGUCUUGGUGUUCGAAACUAUAGUGUACGAUUUCUGCAAUACCAUAGGUUGGGACUAUAUGUCGUUCAGGUUUUGGAUCGGAACCUGGAUCGCUAUUAUUCUCUUGGUGUUAGUUGCUAUAGACGCGAGUGCUUUCGUAUGUUACAUCACCAGGUUCACGGAAGAAAGUUUCGCCACUCUGAUCGCUGUCAUAUUUAUUUUCAAGGCUGUGGAGAACGUUUUGAUGAUAGGGAAACAAUUUCCUAUAAACACAACUGGAAACACCAAUCUGAGUCAUGAGUGUGCUUGCUUCUUCAACGACACCAUUGAGCUGAAGCAUCCUGAGAUAGCAAAUUGGACAGCUGUUAAUAAGACAGCUUGUAUUGACCUCAGCGGUACUUUAUCUCCAGGCUGUUUCACUCCAACAUAUGUACCGGAUGUAUUCCUCAUGUCCAUCAUUCUAUUUUUCGGAACAUUCCUGAUUUCCGUUCAACUGAAGGACUUCAAGAACGCGCUCUUUUUCCCUGCCAAAGUUCGACAGUUCAUCAGUGAUUUUGCUGUGAUUAUUGCAAUAAUGUCAAUGACGUUGCUAGACGCUUACGUGGGUAUUUUGACUCCAAAAUUGGAGGUUCCAAAGGAGUUCAAACCUACGUCUCCUGACAGGGGAUGGUUGAUCCCUCCAUUCCAAAACAAUCCUCUGUAUUCAGUAUUUGUUGCGUUCCCCCCUGCCCUAUUGGGCACAAUAUUGAUUUUUAUGGAUCAACAAAUUACAAGUGUGAUAGUCAAUAGGAAGGAGCAUAAGCUGAAGAAAGGUUGUGGAUACCAUUUGGAUCUUUUCGUCCUAUCCAUAUUGAUCGAGAUUUGUUCCUUGAUGGGUCUUCCUUGGUUUGUUGCGGCUACUGUGCUGUCUAUCAACCACGUAAACUCCUUGAAGUUGGAGUCAGAAUGUGCCGCUCCAGGGGAGAAGCCCCAAUUUUUGGGAGUGAGAGAGCAGAGAGUGACUCAUAUUUUGAUAUUUUUGACUAUUGGACUAUCAGUAUUUUUAACGCCAAUGUUGGGCUAUAUACCAAUGCCUGUAUUAUUUGGAGUAUUUUUGUACAUGGGAACCGCUUCGUUGAAGGGACUUCAGUUCUUCGAUAGAAUACUCAUAAUGUUCAUGCCAAAUAAGUAUCAGCCAGACUACAUGUUUUUGAGACAGGUACCUAUAAAAAGGGUUCACCUCUUCACCGCCAUUCAGAUACUCUGCUUGGCGUGUCUAUGGUCAAUAAAAUCGUUCAGUUCAACGUCCAUCCUGUUCCCCUUGAUGCUGGUUGUGAUAAUCGGAAUCCGAAAAUCCUUGGACCUCAUAUUCAGCAGAAGGGACCUGAUGAUAUUGGACGACAUAAUGCCGGAAAUGUCAAAAAGACACGAAAUGCUGACAGAUGAAGAGAAAAACGAGAAAUCGCCUUUGGACAUGGAGCCAAGCGGUAAUUUGAAAAUAGCCCUCGCCAAUGGAAAUGUUAUGAACAUCCCAUUAUCUGCAGUGAAUAUAUCUGAAGAAGUUAACAAAACUGCAAUAUGGAAACAAGUCAACGAUAAUAUAUCGCAAAACAAAGAAAGGAAGAAAAAUUCAAAAAAUUCCAGUCGCUUCAAAAAGAAGAAAACUCUUAAGAAAGAGGAGAAACGCGAAGAAACCAAAAAGCUGGAAAAACGUCUAUCUACAAUGGAAGAAGAAGAGGAAGAUGAAGGAAUAACAAUUAAGUCUGAACUUCUUGGAGAUAAGGAAUAUUGGAAGGAGAAACGAAAGAAUUCCCUACAUUCAGAUGAAACUCACGUUUGAGGAACUCUUGGGCUGUGUUUUGAGAUUGACCGUUAUUGUAAUUUCAAUUUAAUCAAUAAAUUCUUAGUAAUUGAA